AUGUCAACCACGAAUGGAGACAAUCAACAGGAUGCACCAUCAAAUCCACAACCUUUGGUUGAAGCUGAACCCGAAAAACCAUAUACCGACCAAGGAAUUAAUGAGAAAAUUGUACAAAAAAUUCGUUCAUUAAUUGAUUUAGGUAAAUUAAUUUCAAGUGAUAUUGAUAAUCGUGUUUGUGAACAAUUACGUUCGUUUCCUGAUGAUGCCACAUGUAUUGAUUCAUUAUUUAAUGAAUUCAACGAUUCUGAUUUAACCGGUGUAGUUAAUAAAGGUGCAUUUCUAUGCAAUUUCAUAAAACAAUGGAAAUUGCGUAAUCCACAACAACCAAAAUUGUCAUCAAACGAUCCACAAUCAUCACAAGGCUUUGGUGAAAAUGCUCGUACACAUAAGCCUGGUCCAGAUGAAGCGAAAUUAAAAUUAAUUCUUGAACGAACCGGAUAUAAAACUGAAGUAACAGCUGGCCAACGUAAAUACGGUGGUCCACCACCUGAUGGACCCGAACGACCUGCUAGUCGUAGUGAAGUUUUUAUUGGUAAACUUCCACGUGAAAUAUUCGAAGAUGAAUUGAUUCCUCUAUGCGAAAAAGCUGGAAAAAUUUGGGAUCUACGUUUAAUGAUUGAUCCAGCAUCAGGUUUCAACAAAGGUUACUGUUUUGUCACAUACUGUUGUCAAGGACAAUCAACAAAAGCCUGUGAACAACUCAAUGGUUAUGAAAUACGACCAGGAAAACCUAUUAAAGCCAAUUGUAGUGUUGCCAAUCUUCGAUUAUUUAUUGGUAAUAUUCCUAAAACAAAAUCCAAAGAAGAAAUUAAAGAAGAAUUAGGAAAAGCAGUUGAAGGUGUAAACGAGGUUAUUAUUUAUACACCAGCGGAUGAAGCUGAUAAGAAAAAAAAUCGUGGAUUUUGUUUUGUUGAUUUCGAUACACAUAAAAAUGCUUCGGCUGCUAAACGAAAAUUAGCCAAUGGCCGUGUUCGAGUAUUCAAUCGUGAUAUUGCUGUUGAUUGGGCAGAUCCAGAUGAAGAACCUGAUGAAGAUAUUAUGUCACAAGUGAAAGUAUUAUAUGUACGCAAUUUAACAUCCGAUGUAUCUGAAAAUGAUGUCAAAGAUUUCUUUUUACCCUAUGGAAAUAUUGAACGUGUAAGGAAAGUUCGAGAUUAUGCUUUUGUUCACUUCGAUAAACGAGAUGAUGCAUUGAAUGCUAUGCGUGCACUAAACGGAAAACUGCUUGGCCGAAACACAAUUGAAGUUAGUUUAGCUAAACCAUUAAGUGAUAAACGAAAACAAGCACAAACAAAACGUGAACAACGAAAACCUUUUGAUGGACCUGUUAAUCCACGAAAUAAUUUUGACAAUAAUUCAUCGAGUGGUUUUGGUGGUGGAUCAUCUUCAGGAGGUUUCGGUGGCUUCGAUAGUGAUUUACCGCGUGGAAGCGGUGGACGAUCGGAUAAUUCAUUCAAUGUGAAUAAUUUCGGUGCUUUUGGUGGAGAUAACUUUAUGGGAAGUGGACCAACUCAAACACCACCACCACCACCUCCAUCAUCAUCAUCGUCGUCUUCACGUGGUGUAUCAUCUCAACGAGGAAAUAAUCGUGGUGGUCGUUCUGGUGGCGAUCGAGGCGGCUAUUCAGGUAAUAAUCGUGGAGGUGGAUUUAAUUCAGGCAAUCGAGGUGGAAGCGGUAAUUUUAAUCAAAAUAAUCGUGGAGGAUAUAAUAAUAAUAAUAAUAGUUAUCGAGGAAACCACGGUGGACCGUCACAGCAUAAUAACUCCGGUGGAUAUAAUAAUAACAGUGGUUUCAAUCAAAUGGGCGGUGGAUUUAAUUCCCAAGGUGACUUUGGCGCAUUCAAUAGUCCAUCACAAAACAACAACAACAAUAAUAAUAAUAAUAAUCAAUCGUUUGGUCGGCCAUCGAAUCAAAUGGGCAUGGGCAACAAUGGCUUUGGCAUGAACCAAAUGCACCAGAAUCAAUCUUAUGGAGGUAUGAAACGACCACCUAACCAGAUGAACGAUGGUAAUAUGUCGAAACGAUCCCGUCCUGAUACUGGGUCGUGGGGAGCUAUGGGCGGUGACAGCAAUGAUAAUUCCAAUAGUGGUCCACAACAACAACAACAGAAUGCCGGUGGAAAUUGGUAUCAAGAUCAGGGCUACAGCAGCUCACAGCAACAGUCCAGUUACAGCUGGAACUGA